AUUGUGGCAUGACCUACCCCAACAGCAGUCACAAUGAAGACUCAAUUCUUGACCACCGUCGCCAUCCUGAUCCUGGGAUCGGUAUGCAUCUCAGCGGAGUUCUCGGGAAAGGCCAUGCAGAAAGCCAAAGAGAUUGAUACGAAAUGCAGGACCGAAGUUGGUGCUGAUAAAGGAUACAUCACUGCGUUUCUCAGAGGCGACAUUAUCGCAGAAAACUUGCCAAAAUAUAAGUGCUACCUGAAGUGCUUGAUGGUCGAACUCGACUCCCUCUCACAUGAUGGGGUGUAUGACAUCGAAGAAGAAAAGGGUAAUAUUCCGCCAGAGAUAGUAGAGGAGGGACACAGAAUCAUCAGCGUAUGCAAAGGAACACAGGGAGCAGAUGCUUGCGACACCGCAUAUCAACUGCACAAAUGCUAUCACGAUGCGAAUCCUGAGCUGUACAGGCGCGUAUUGCAUCACUGGGACGGCAUUGCUUCGGCUGAGUGAAAUGGAUUCAUUUUCGAGAUGCACCUGAGACUUAUCGAUACCAACGGAACAGCGUAAACACACCGGCCGCCACUGCUUGGUCCUUCUGCUUCAUUCUGUAAUUUCUUUAUAUGCACACAAUAAACCCUCUUAAUGGCAGGGAUUCA